GUCAAGAACCCAGCAUGGCCAACUGUAGUAGCAGACGGGAAUGCGGGCUCACAUCCAAUUCCCCAUAAAAUGCCCAACAUCGAUAGCGGGCCAUGUACAUAGACACCCAACAUGGUUCUGUGCGGACCGAUUGGCCUGCUCCUGUUGACCUCCGUCGUGGUUGGAACCUUUGCGGACGACGGUAAGAUCGUUAAUGGGACUACCGCCUCGCCGGGCGAGUUCCCCUUCGUGGUGUCGCUGCGCCGCGCCAAGAGCGGUCACCACUCGUGUGGCGCCACUCUGCUUAACUCGGACUGGGUACUAACGGCUGCCCACUGCGUGCGGGGAUCGACGCCGCAGCAGCUCAACCUCCAGUACGGCAGCCAGAGUCUGGCGAGAAACGCCAGCAAACUGGUGCAGGUGGCCGCCAUCCAUGUGCAUCCGGGCUAUGAGCCACACGACAAAUAUGUGAACGACAUCGCUCUGCUGCAGCUGAAGGAUCCCGUUGUUCUUGGUGCUCGCGUCCAACCGGUUCGUCUCCCGGAGCCGGAGCAGCCGACACUCGGCAACAGCAGCGCCGUGCUUGCCGGCUGGGGAUUAAAUGCGACGGGCGGCGCGGUCCAGCUGCAGCUUCAGAAGGUCCAGCUGCAGGUGUUUAGCGACGUUGACUGCAGCAAACGCCACCAGACACAACUGCACUCCACCCAGAUCUGCGCCGGAGUGCCCGAGGGCGGCAAGGGCCAGUGCAGCGGAGACUCCGGUGGUCCGUUGCUGCUAGCCGGAUCGGAUACACAGAUCGGUAUCGUGUCGUGGAGCGUGAAGCCCUGUGCCCGUCCGCCCUAUCCGGGCGUUUUCACGGAGGUGUCUGCAUAUGUCAACUGGAUUGUGGAGACAGUGGGUGCCUCCUCCCCCACGCCGUCGUCGUCACUUUGGAUUGGUCAGCUAAUUGUGGGACGCACGCCGCCAGUUUUGUCGUCAUAAACACCCUCGCCAUAUAAGAAUAAAAAUCCUUUAAAUGUGCGCUAAUUCUAUCUAA